AUGUCUGUUAAAGUUGCUAUAGUCGGAGCAGGCCUUAUUGGCCCUCGUCAUGCACAAUCCGUGAUCUCAAACACAUCAACAGAGCUAGUUGCUCUCGUUGACCCAAUGCCAGCCGGAGAAGCAAUUGCAUCCAGCCUCAAAACCAACUACUACCCUUCAGUGGCUUCGCUACUUGUAUCUCCCCGCCGCCCAGAUGCAGCAAUCGUCUGCACACCAAAUCACACGCACGUCCUAGUCGCAAAGGAGCUUCUCGCAGGAGGAGUCCAUGUCCUCCUGGAAAAGCCCGUGAGUGACACCCUAGAGAGUGGUCGCUCCCUACUAGAAUUUGCUCAAGGUCCAGAGCGAGCCCACCUUAAACUCCUAGUCGGCCACCAUCGUCGCUUCAAUCCCUAUGUGCGAGCCACCAAAUCCGUCCUGGAGGCUGGAUCUCUCGGUCGGCCCAUCGCCGUCAAUGGCUUAUGGACCUUGUACAAGCCGGAGGCAUACUUCGCCCCACCAACAGACUGGCGUGCGUCGAAUGAGCGCGGUGGCGGUGUCAUCCCCAUCAACCUCGUCCACGACAUCGACCUCAUGCACCACUUUUUCGGACCGAUUGUACGCGUAACCGCAGAGCACACGCUUCCGCAGCGCCCAAGUCCACCUCACGAUGCCGAUGAAGGUGCCGCUCUGACACUGCGUUUUGCUUCAGGUGUAGUGGGAACAUUCUUGAUCUGUGAUGCGACGCCAUCUCCGCAUAACUUUGAGACUGGUACGGGGGAGAACCCACUCAUCCCUCGGUCGGUGACUGGAGGUGACUCGGACUUUUAUCGUAUAUUUGGAUCAGAUGCCUCGCUGAGUGUGCCGGAUAUGAUGCGUUGGAGCUAUGAUGCCAGCCUCGAGAAGAGUUGGAAUCAUCCUUUGACUGUUGAUCGCAUCCCGCUUCCUGAUAACAAGGCGCCGUUCGAUUUGCAGCUUGCGAACUUUGUUGAUGUUAUCAACGGCGAUGCCGCUCCUAGCUGUACUGGUGAGGAAGGUUUACGUGCGUUGAUUGUUUGUGAGGCUGUUCAGAAGGCUAUGCGAUCCGGCCAGCCUGUGGAUAUUGAGGUUGACUUGUUGCCCAAGGUCGGAUAA